CUGUGCAGCUGCUGGGGUCCUCCUACGCCACACAACAAGCGACGCUGUCAGCAUGUUGUAGACAGGCUAGAGGUGAGGUUACAGAGACCGGAGAUAAACUGAUGGUAAGUCUGCUGCAGGAAGACUUACCUCUGAUUUGUGUCGAUACGAGUGUUGCGGGAGCAUGUGGAGCCGCCUCGUCCUCCAGGCUUUGCUCGGCCAGCCUGCCGCCAGGAGCUUCUCUCUGACUGCUGCUCAGAACACAGUCGUGGUGGAGCGAUGGUGGCAAGUGCCCUUGUCCAAAGUAGGGAGUCCACCGAGGCUUCACCCUCGAAGACACAGAAUCUACAAGCUGGUCGAGGAUACCAAACAUGCUCCUAAGGAGAAGAUGGAGCUCAUCCUGACUCAGACGGUACCAAAGCUCGGCGGGCGAGGAGACACCGUGUUUGUGAGAAAGUCUGUUGGACGAAACAAGCUGCUGCCUCAAGGCCUCGCAGUGUAUCCAUCACCAGAGAACAAACAGAUGUUUGCAGAAGAGCUACGUCUUUUGCGUGAGGGGAAAACAGGAGACAGAAUCCAAACCCGCACAGGACAACUGACUGUGGAGCUCCUGAAACGCUCCAAGCUAAAGAUAAACAGAAUGCCCUCCGAGGAGUUUCAGCUCAAUAAAGAAGUUGUCUGCAGACAGUUUGCCAAGAAGUUGGGGAUAGUGGUGCCACCUCAUGCACUGAGUCUUCCAUUUGAACCUAUUAAGGAUGUAGGUGACUAUUGGUGCGAUGUCACGGUUAAUGGCUUGGACACUGUUCGCGUUCCCCUAUCUCUGUUCCCAUACGAGGAUCCGUCUGCAAGCUCUCAGCGGCAGUUGAAAGCCCAAAAGCGGCAGCAGGCAGCUGCAGCUGAUUCAGAAGCUGCUGAUGAGGAGGACGCCGCUUUAAAGGCGGUUUCUGACGCAGCGGCAGAGGCUGAGGCUGGUGAAGAGCCUGCAGGAUCCACUGCCGCAGCUACACAGACAACAGCAGACACAACAGCACCACCAAGUGGAAGCCUGAAAAAAGAUUAAAGGACUCAAAAUGUGGAUGAUGUUUGCCUGUAAUACACAUGUGUACGUAGCAACAGCUGUCUGUGUGUUUAUUAAAAUUGCUCAGUGUCACCUUU